GUCUCAUUGGUUUGACGCCUCCGAUUUAAAGAUCAUUAUGGGGUUAUCUUAAAUUCUACUGCAGUUCAAACUCGUAUAAAGUGAUCAAUGCAUUGUUAAAAUAACGGAAGUGUGAAGUAAAAAUCUCUUUUAUUGACAUAAAGCUUAAAUAAAGAUCUUUGGCUUAAAUCAGUUUAGCGUUUUUCAGAAGCAUGUGUUGAGUGUUGAAGAAAAAGACGUGAAAAUUGAGGAAACGUCAAAUUGCAAGUGUCAAGUCAUGCGUAAGUUUUCUUUGAUGUUGGGUUGAAAAGUGAAAUUCUCGAUAUAGUGUUCGUAUAAAUCAAUUUACUUCUUAUAAUUGUGUUUACCAACCAUGCUAUUGAAGAUGCGUUGCACAUCUGAAUCUCACCACCCCAAAUUCAAAUAAAAUGGAUAGAUCCUUAGCUCACAAGGCCCGAAAGUAUGACUAUAACAAAUCUCCUUGCAUACUAAAUUCAUUGGAUCCAACAGAUCUAAACAUUUCAGUAAGGAUGACUAACGAUAAGCAAUUCACAGGAGAUCUAGAAUCCCUGAAUUUACUCCAAGAAAUAAAUGACACCCCUCAGAGUGACUGUAAUAGUGUUCACCUGCUCAAUGACAACGAAGAACUUCUCAUAUCAACAGAGGAACGUUUCUUGAACGAUUUGGAAAUAGAAAAAGGCAAAAAAAUCAAAGUUGUCUCCAUAUUCGGUAAUACAGGUGAAGGAAAGUCGCAUACCUUGAACCAUACAUUCUUUAAUGGGCAAAAUAUUUUCCAAACAUCACCGUCUCAGACCUCCUGUACAAUUGGAGUUUGGGGGAAGUUCAAUCCAGAACUGAAUGUCUUAUUUUUGGACACAGAAGGGUUGCUGGGUAUUUCGAAGAAGGAACAGCAAAGGUUGAGGUUACUAUUGAAAGUUUUGGCAGUGUCUGAUAUUGUUAUUUACCGAACAAGAACUGAGAGAUUGCAAAGAGAUAUGUAUUCGUUCUUAGGAAGCGCAUCAAAGGCUUAUAAGAAUCAUUUUAACCGUGCUUUCCAAAAGUUCCGGGAAAAGAAUGACAUCGACAUGUCUGUUUCCUUGGGGCCAAGUCUGAUCAUAUUUCACGAAACCAGGUUUACCGAAACCCUGGAUUAUAGCGCAAGCGUGACUGAAUCUGCAGAAGAUAUCAUAAGAACGAAUUUCACAGAUCUAAGGCUUGAAUAUGAUUCUUUCAGUUCUAUCAAAUAUAUAGGGGUUAGGAAUAAAGAAGGACCUACACCAUAUAAAAGACUUCGUGUUUCUGUUCUCAAAGAAUUGGAGAGUACAGAAAUAAGAUCACCAAGAGAAGCAAAAUAUAUUUAUCUGACUAUAAAGUGUUUAAAUCAGAAGUUCCAAAAUAAGAUAACAGAGUCACAGCCGGACCUAUAUCUUCCUGCAUUCUUUACUUGCCAAGAUAAAUGUAUAUCGUGUCAUAACAAUUGCACCUUAUCUACCGGUCAUAAGGAAGAUGGAGAACCUCAUGCAACAUCUAAAAAGUGUGAAUUCCAGCAUCAGUUCCAGAAUUGCAUUUAUCUUUGUAAGAAAUGCUAUAUGAAAGGCGAAAGGACCAUAGUUACACCUAGCUAUACUUCUGAAACGGAAAGUUCAUGGUCCAGUCUGUUCAAUUAUGUUUGGUCUGGUUAUGUGAUAACUUGCAAGAAAUGUGGUGAGAUAUACAGAAGCCGCCAACAUUGGUAUGGCAAUAAGGAUCCUGAGGAAAGUGCGGUUAUACCAGAGGUUGUACAUAUCUGGCCAGGGGAUAAAUAUUAUUCACAGGAUGGUACCCUUCUUGGUUCCCAAAAUGCAGCUCAGAAAUUCGUUGAUAGCGUCACAAGCAUCUCAGACACAGUUGCUAGCAUUGGAUCUCAACCUACCAAAAUGGUUUCACAGUGGGUAGCUAAUCAAAUAAAUCCAAGCUAUUGGCGGCCAGAUGAGGAAAUAAAAGAAUGCUUCAGUUGCAAAAUUCCCUUUGAUAAUCUGUCCCAGAAGCAUCAUUGCCGUUUGUGCGGUGAGGGCUUUUGCGAUCCUUGUUCAUUGAAGAGAACACCGGUUCCAUCGCAGGGUUGGAGUGGUCCAGUAAGAGUUUGCGACGAAUGUUACGCGAAAUUGAAUUCCCCUGAAUCGUCGCAAGAAGGCAUGUCAUCAUCGUCAUCUAACGACAUUAUAGCCAGGCAGCUCGGUGAAACAUUCAUAAGCUCCAUACAAACCGUCAAGUCCAUUCUUGACGUGCCCAAGGGGCUGAUGAAAAGCAUGGCUCGUCCUCUGUAUUGGACGCCGGAUGAUCAGUGCAUAAAUUGCAGCAACUGCAAUCGAGAAUUCGGGCCUCAACUGUUACUACAUCAUUGUAGGGAAUGCGGUAAGGGAGUAUGCGAUAAUUGCUCUCUAAAGAGAAAACCUGUUCCGUUACGGGGCUGGGAUUUUCCUGUCCGGGUUUGUGAUCAUUGCGACUGUAACUGAUUCGCAGUUUUGGAUAAUUCUUUUUUGUAGAUAAAGAAACGAUAUUUUAUUUCGGUUCGGAAAUUCAAAGGAAUCAUCUAUUGUAUAGGUAUCAUUUUAUUUAUGCAUUUCGAAGAACUACCUUAUUUAUGUAUAAUUGUAUUUUUACUUUUGUUGCAAGAUGAAUUGUUUUGUCAAGGAUUUCGAGUGUCAUUGUGAGUGUGAGGAAAAAUAUAUGAUUCAUUUGACAUGAAAUUUUCUCAUAUUUUUGGUUUUCGCCAACAUCUCAAAAUCAUGAUAUCUGAUAUUUUUUAUAAUUUGUUUUUUGAUAUGUAGAUAAUCUUAAAGUGAAAAUAAAAGAUAUGACUGAUUU